UGUUGCAACAAAGAUCAGCUGCUGGGGGCAGCAGUGGAGGAGGCCUGGUCCCUUCUCUGGGCAGCUCAUGAUAUCACUGGCUUUUCCAGCAAGUGGGGUGGGGAGUUACAGGAAAUGGCCUGGGGCAUCAGAUAAGCUGAAGAAAGAGGCCAGUAGCUGGAAAGACAGAACAGGUGGAGCUUCCCCCACCUGCUGAGAGGAGCCAGAGAGAGGACCAAGCCUGCUUGAGGCAGUCUUUGGGCUGAGAGGGGUCCCCUAGGGUCCCAAGAUGCUGCUCUGCGUCACCUUGCUUCUCCUCCUGGGGCUGUCUGCAUGCACUGUGGCAGGUGACAAGGAACUGGCAGUCAAUGCUGAAGUUGGCUCCUGGGUGGCUGUGACCCUGGAGGAAGAUGUCAUCCCCAGCAUCCUGAUUCAGCUCCGGGACGUGAAGAAGGGGAAAGCGAGCCAGUUCUUCGGGCUAAUAGGGAAGCAGGAAUACCUCCCAUCCAGUCAGAGGGAACAGGGUAUCAGCGAGAACAAGUGGUCCAGGGGCAAGGAGGAGCAACUACGGAAGCACUCUUCCCAGGCAAAGCGGCUGAGAACCAUGGGUCAGAGUGAGAGCCCCCACCCCCGCCUCCCAGAGGACGAAACCCCUCUCCUUACCUGGACGUGGCAGCCAACCAGCCGACCAGGCCAGCCCUCUGCUCCACGUCUUCUGUGCUCGUGUGUCCGUCCCAGCACGCUGAACUCACCGGGCUCCUCCCAGGACUCGGUCUCAAGCAGCAGUCGUGGGCAAGUGCACUGCUGUCACCCCUGA